AUGUAUAAUUGGCUUUUAAGAAUCUGCCUUAUUUUAACCUAUUGUAUAUGUAAGAACGUCUUAUUUUAUUUUAGUAACUUGGAGUUGUGAUCCAGGAUAAUUUAAUGAUAAUGGUUCAUGUUUGAGUUGUGUAUCUAAUUGCUUAAGUUGUUCAAACAAUUCUACAUGUGACACAUGUAAGCCAGGGCAUUAUAAUGUUGGUGGAAUGUGUGAUCCUUGUCAAAUUGGAUGUUAAACUUGUAGUCUAACUUCAUGUUUAUGCCCUCCUCCUUAUAUAUAAAAAAACUGCUCAGUUUGCUUUCCUGGGUAUUUCAAAUCUGGCGUAAAUUGUUCUGUCUGCCCAACAUAUUGUGCUACUUGCACAUCUAAUUCUGUAUGUUAAAGCUGUAGGGAUCACUAUAUACUUAUUGGAAAUUCCUGCUCAGUUUGUGAUACUUCCUGCAAGAAUUGUUAAACUACCCUUACUACUUGUACAUCAUGUGAUCCUGGCAAAUAUCUUAAUGGGUCAUCGUGUCUUCCUUGCUCAUCACCUUGUUCCGAGUGUAUUAAUAGCUCAACCUCCUGCACUGUUUGCAUUGGCAGCAAUAGUACGGCUGUCAAUUAUAAAUGUGUUUGUGAUGACGGAUAUUAUUCUGAUGAAUCAGAUUAAUGUUCGUCUUGUCUCGCACCAUGUUCAAAGUGCGAAAAUACAGAAUAUAAUUGUACAGAUUGUGUCUCUACUUUUACAUUAAGUUCUAUCUAACAUUAUCAAUGUGUUUGCUCCUUUGGCUAUUUUUAAGUUGAUUCUAUAACUUGUAAUAAAUGCAUAAGUCCAUGUUUAACUUGUGAAUAUAAUUAAAAUCACUGUUUAACUUGCUUGGAUCCUAAUUAAACAGUCAAUAGUAUAUAUGAAUGCAUUUGCAACCAAGGUUGGAUUUUAAGCAUUGAUGGGAUCACAUGCAUCCAAUGUUAAUAGCCAUGCCUUACUUGUGUAGAUACAAUAAACAAAUGUACUGAAUGCAAAGAUUAAUUACAUUAAUUACUUGAAACUUGUGAAUGCUAACCGGGAUGGAUAAAUGAUAUUAAUUAUUUUUGCAUUCCUUGUUCAUAACCAUGUAAGACUUGCUAACAUUUUACAUUCUAAUGUUUAUCAUGUUUAGAUAUUAACCAUGAGCUAAACAAUCUAUCUCAAUGUGUUUGUAAAUCUUCCUAUUAUCCUGAUACUCUAAGAACAUGUGCAAAAUGUUCAGAGUCUUGCAAAGAAUGUGAUCAAAAUGGAUGUAUCAGCUGCAUUAGUGUAGAUCAAAUCUUAGAUACAAAUAAUAACUGUGUUUGUAGUCCUGGUUUUGUUUUAGAUGGUACCCAAUGCAUUCUAUCUUUGUGUGGGGAUUUAAAAGUAACUUUAGAUGAAGAAUGUGAUGAUGGAAAUAUGAUCCCAUAUGAUGGAUGUUACGAAUGCAAAUUUUCAUGCUCAUAUUAAUGUUUUGAUUGUAUUAACGGGGUAUGUUAUGGUUGUUUUGAUACAGGUUGGAUACUGAAUAAAAUUAAUAUUUGUACUCCUUUAUGCGGAGAUGGCAUCGUUAUUGAAGAAUAUGAAUAAUGUGACGAUGGCAAUGACAUCCCUUACGAUGGUUGUUAUUAGUGUUAAUUUGAAUGCCAAGAAGGUUGUAUUCAAUGCCAAUCAAACCAAUGCCAAAAAUGUCAUCCAUUAUAUGUAUUAGACAUUAAAACAGGAAACUGUUUAAAAUAAAACAAUGAUAAUGAUGACUAACUUGAGUAAAUGAUAAAUUUCAGAUGUGGUGAAAAUCAUAUACUUAUUAAUAAUAUGUGUGUUCAUAAGUGUGGCAAUGGAUUAAGAGAUAGUCAAUAUGAAGAAUGUGAUGAUGGAAAUUUAAAUGGAGGAGAUGGGUGCUCUUCUUUUUGCCUGAUAGAGAGUUCAUACUAAUGUAUAAAUUAGGAGAAUUCUUUAAGUUUAUGUACAUAUAUUAAAGCACCUUAAAUGAAUUUGAAUGUACUUACUAAUAAUGGCGAUUCUCUUCAAGUUGUAGAGUUGACUUUUACCUAAUAAGUCUAAGUGGAAGAAGCUGUAAAUUUUGAAGAUAUUAUAGCAUUCACUAUUACACCUUAAACUCAAUACAAAUUAACAAUAGAUUAUAUUUCAAAUAUAACAAUUUAAUUAAGCAAUUCUAAAUAUUAAAUUUAAAUUGAAUUCAUUGAACCAGUAAAAAAUCCUAUUUUAGAAGUUGUUAUGUAGAAAAAUACUAUAUAUAACUCAUUAAAAUUAGGCUUAAAUGAAAAUGAAAAAAAAAUUAAUCUUGGAGCUCCCUUUGUGCUUCCAGAAACUACUAAGAAGUAAUUAAGUAGGGUAGUUUAACUUAAUGAUGCAAUGAUAUAUUCAAUGGCUGGUGUGUCAAGUUUAGCUUUAGUAACAAGAAAUGCAAUUGUAUUUUUUAAUUUACUCGAUUUAUUAUAAUCAUUUUCAUAUUUGAGGUUUUUGAAAUCAUAAUUUCCACCAAAUUUCAGAGAUUUUUUGAAUACUUUUACUAAGAUAUCUUUGCAACCAAUUUUAAAUUAUUUGAAAGUAGAUUAGUUAUUGGAAGAUUUAAAUGGAAAAAAUAAAUCAGAUUAGGUUAAUAGUAACUUAUAACCAGACUACGAAAUCAUUUUAAAUAAACCAUAUUUGUUCAAUGCAAAAAGUUGUUAUUUUUCUGUCCUUGCCUCUAUUUUAACCUAUUUACUUUAUUGUGCUUUAGUUUCAAAUACUUUAAUUAAUUUUAUUUUUAAAUGGUUUUAAAAUUAUCCAUAAAAUAGUAAAGCCAUUAAACUUAUCUAUCUAUUUUAAAAAUAUAUUCAGAAAAAGUUUUAGAAAUUAAAAAUUGAAUAUUUUUCUUUUGGGAUUUUCCAAGUUUAUUAGGCUAUUCUGCAUUAAUUAACGUUCAGUGUAUUGUUAUAAUUUCCCAGUUAUACAUUUGAUUCUCCAUUUGCAAUUUUCAACAGUGUUAAUGCUAUUUUAGGCUUAGGGUUCAUUAUAAUAGCAAACUUUCCUUUACUUUCAAUAACAACAAUAAAAAUAAAAAAUUACAGAAAAUGGAAGUAUUUCUAUUCUGAAUCUAAAACUUAAUUUUGGGCAGGUUAAUUUAAGUCCUUUUAAAUUUACAAAAUCUUAUUUUAUAUAUUCAUAAUUACAAAACUAAUCAAUUAUCCAGAAGCAUAAUCAAUCCUACUUUCUAUGCAAUCAUUGUUUUUUUUGAUAUACAUAAUUAGAUUCAAGCCUUUAAAAUCUGUUUUUGAACUUACUAAAUUAGUUUGUAAAGAGUUUGUAUUUAUGAUUAUUUCAGGGACUUUUUUAUUAUAUAGCUUUGAAUUCAGCCAAGAAACUUUUAUACUUAUUGGGUGGAUUCAUAUUAGUUUAUUUUGUGCAAUAAUGGCAUCAAAUUUAUUUAUAGACAUAUUGUAACAAAUAAAAAAAAAGUAUGAAACAUAAUUAUUAAAAAAACAAAAAGCAGGAAGUGAGUUGGAAUCUUAAUUGAAAUUGUGUAAUGUGCAAGGAUUUGCUUUAAAUGGGUAUGAUUAAUAAAUAUAAAAAUGA